AUGGUUGCAUUAGAAAGAAAGAGAAAAUCGGAAGAUUCAUUAUCAAAUGGUAAACAUAAAAAAUUAAAAUCAUCAUUAGUAACAUCAUCAUUUAUACUACAUUCAUAUUCAAAAUUACCUAAUAUUAAUGAAACUCCAAAACCCAAGAAUAUAGGUCUUGAUAUAUUUGUAUGGGGUUCGGGUUCAAUGUGUGAAUUAGGGUUAGGUCCAUCAGCAAGUACUAAAGAAGUUAAAAGACCAAGAUUAAAUCCAUAUUUAACUGAAGAGAAAUUAGGUGGCACCAAAAUAGUUGAUUUUGCAGUUGGUGGUAUGCAUACUUUAGCAUUAGAUGGUAAAAAUAGAAUAUGGUCUUGGGGUACAAAUGAUAGUGGAGUUUUAGGUAGAGAUACUUCGGAUUCAAAAGUUGUACUAAAAGAUAUGGAUGCAAGUGAUAGUGAUGAUGAAGAUGGUGAUUUAAAUGAAGCUGAGUCAACUCCCAAAUUGGUUGAAAAUUUAAAUAUUAAAGAAGAAAAAAUUAUACAAUUGGCAGCAACUGAUAAUUUAAGUGCUGUAUUGUUAUCAAAUGGUGAUGUUUAUGCAUGGGGAUGUUUCCGUUGUAAUGAAGGUUUAUUAGGAUUUUUGAGAAGUGAAAUUCAAAUACAAAAAACUCCUAUGAAAAUACCAGAAUUGAAAAAUAUUGUACAAUUAGCAUCAGGUAAAGAUCAUAUACUAGCAUUGGAUUCAAAAGGUAUAGUAUUUGCUUGGGGUAAUGGACAACAAUUUCAAUUAGGUAGAAGAAUAUUGGAAAGACAUCGUUUCAGAUCUUUAGAACCUCAACAAUUUGGUUUAUAUAAUAUAAAAUAUGUAGCUAGUGGGGAUUUUCAUUGUUUUGCCAUCGAUCAUAAUGAUAAAGUGUAUGCUUGGGGUCUUAAUCAAUUUGGACAAUGUGCAGUUACAGGUUCAAAUGGUGAAUUAGAAGAUGGAUCUAUAUUAACAAAGCCAACAUUAAUUCCAGAAUUAUGUAAUUUAGGUAUUACAAAGAUAGCAGCUGGAGAGCAUCAUACAUUAGCAUUAACUGGAUCAGGUGAAGUACUUGCAUGGGGUAGAUAUGAUAUGAAAGAGGUUGGUAUACCAGAAGAUCAAUUACCAAAAUCAACAUUUAAAGAUCAACAUGGUAAACCAAGAUCAGUGCCAAUUCCAACAAAAUUAAAGUUUGGUAAAACUGGGGAAGUUUUAAUUAAAGACAUAGGAGUUGGUUCACACCAUUCAUUUGCUGUUACAAAUGAUGGUUUUGUAUAUGCUUGGGGAUUUUCAGAAACUUAUGCACCAGGUUUAGGUAAUUUAGAUGAUGAUGUUGAAGUACCCACAAGAAUUGUUAAUACAGCAACAAAAAAUGAAGAUAUUGAAAUGAUUGGUGCUGGUGGUCAGUUCUCUGUAAGCGGUGGUAUUAAAAUUAAAGAUGAAGCAAAAGCUGAAGAAAGGAUAGAAAAAUAUGAAGAUAUAGAUGAUGAAUAA